GCGAUUGGCAAGAAAACAAGACAAUCCAAAGUUGAUAAUAUUUACAGCUUCAAUUCAACCAUGACGAUGACCUCUCCUCUCUUUCUCAAAUCCUUUCCAAAAGCAACGGGUCCGCCUUGAUUUAUGGCUUUUCAUCUCUCCUUCUCUCUAUUUCUACUCCUUCCAAAUCAAACCCCCAUUUUCAUUCCCUCUUUUGCUUCUCAAUUUCACCUCCUUUCCUCAAAACAACCCACAAUUUCUUUCACUCGGCUUUCACCCCCAUGUUUUGCUUCCAUUAGAGCAAAAAUAUGCAGUUAAUUGUGUCCAUUUACUUCUGGGUUUCACCCCAAUUUCGGGAUGGAGUCCAUUUUCUAGUGAAAUUUCUGUGUUCAAAAUAGCGAUUCACUGUUUUCUUUUGUAAUUUAGAGCUUUUUGGGAAGUGGGUCGAUUUGGGUUUUCAAUUUACAAUGUGCAAAAUGAAGGAAUCCGAUCAGAAGUGUAAUAACAGUUGUGAUUGGAAAAUGGGGUUUAGAUUUUCUGAUGAAGAAAAGGUUGAGAAGUUGAAGAACUCGAUAUCUAUUUCGAGGUCCAGAAUGAAGUUAUGGAUGACGAGGGCAAUUACAACAGUGCUUCUGUGGACUUGUUUUGUUCACCUUAUGGCUUUAGGAGAGCUAUGGCGACCAAAGCUCUUCAUAACUUGGCCCUCUCGUUGCUUCCAUUUUGAUUCUCCUAUGCCUCUUCAAUCUUCUUCUUCUCUUCCUUACAAUGUUUUUCUUCCACCAAAAAGGAUUUACAGGAACAAUGGCUAUCUCAUGGUUUCUUGCAAUGGAGGACUCAACCAAAUGAGAGCAGCUAUCUGUGACAUGGUUGCCAUUGCUAGAUACUUAAAUCUUACUCUGAUUGUUCCAAAUUUGGAUAAAACUUCCUUUUGGGCUGAUCCUAGUGAGUUCGAAGACGUUUUCGACAUUGAUCAUUUCGUAUUGUCAUUGAGAGAUGAAGUUCGGAUAUUGAGAAAGCUUCCUCCGAGGCUCGAACGAAGAUUUGAAUCGAAAACGAUUUACUCAUUGUCGCCUAUUAGUUGGUCCAACAUAUCAUAUUACCAUAACCAGAUUCUUCCAUUGUUUCAGAAGUAUAAAGUUGUACAUUUGAAUAAAACUGAUGCUCGACUUGCCAAUAAUAGACUGCCGAUCGAGCUUCAAAAACUGCGAUGCCGGGUAAAUUUUAAUGCCCUGAGAUUUACUUCCCGAAUUGAGGAGCUGGGAAGAAAGGUUGUUCAAAUGCUGAGGAACAAAGGUCCCUUUUUGGUGCUUCAUCUUAGAUAUGAAAUGGAUAUGCUAGCCUUCUCUGGUUGUACUCGAGGUUGCAACAAUGACGAAGUCGACGAACUUACAAGAAUGAGAUAUGCUUAUCCAUGGUGGAAGGAGAAAGUCAUUGAUUCGGAAUUGAAAAGGAAAGAAGGUUUGUGUCCAUUGACUCCCGAGGAAACCUCGCUAGUUCUAAGUGCGCUCGGGAUCGAUCCUAAUGUUCAAAUCUAUAUCGCUUCGGGAGAAAUAUAUGGUGGAGAUAGAAGGAUGGAAAGUUUAGCAUCUGCAUUCCCUAAUCUGGUCAGAAAAGAGACACUGCUGAAACCAUCAGAUUUAAGGUUCUUUCAGAAUCAUUCAUCACAGAUGGCUGCAUUGGAUUAUCUCGUCUCGUUGGAGAGCGACAUUUUCGUUCCUACCUAUGACGGGAACAUGGCGAAAGUCGUCGAAGGACAUCGUCGAUUCUUGGGGUACAAAAAGACCAUUCUUCUAGACAGAAAGUUGGUUGUUAGCUUAAUCGAUCAGUACGACAAUGGAUUGUUAGGGUGGGACGAGUUCUCUUCAGCUAUGAAGGAAGCUCACUCCAACCGCGACGGGAGCUCGAAGAAACGAGUUGUCAUUCCAGAUAGGCCGAAGGAAGAAGAUUAUUUCUACACAAAUCCGCACGAGUGUUUGGAAGCAUGGGAAGAGCCAUUGAGAAGCUCAUGAUAUCAUCAUCAAAGGGGAUUUUAAAACUUGUAUAUCAGUUGAGAAGAGAAGGUAUCCAUGUAGUUUUAGAAUGGUAGAGAGGAGAGGCUUUUGGCUGAUAUCAUUGACUUGAAGUUACUAAUAAAUAUGAGUUCUUAAGAACACAAAGCCUCUCCUCUUUGCUGUAAGUUUAGAUUUAGUAAAAUUUGUAACAGUGGGAAAUAAAUGAUCACCCAAAAAUUUUCACAUUC